UUUACAACCUCAAUCGCCAAUUUUGAAGCAAUCACAGUCUUUUUACUGAUCGUCUAACUUCCAAAACGUUGCUAAUUUAUCUUACCAGUGAGUUCUGAGUUGGAUAAAAGUGACUAUCUUCUCAUAUUCAAGUGAUAAUCUUUAAUCAGUCAUUUUAUUCCAGUCAAUUCUGAAACUUCAUCAUUUUCCAGCUCAUUGAUUAUCCCAAAACUUGUGUUGCACCACUAAUCAAAAAAUGUUGCAUUCUUUUGUAUUUUCAACUGAUAUCUGGAAGUGAUUCAUCAAACCACUAAUUAUUAUAAUAUUUGUGAAGUGUGUAACCUAUAGAAUUUCCACUAUAGAAGUUUCAACAGUGGUUAUAAUGUUUUCUAUCAUUUUGAACUCUAAUAUUACUAGAAAAGUAUUCAACACUCGGAUUUUACUCUAAAUUGGUUGCCAUUCCUUAUUCAAAUUUUGUGUUAACAUUUUUCAAACAAAAAUACCAAUGUCUGAUUGUAUUCUGAUCUACAACAAUUUCUUUGCUGUUGGUAUCAACUUUUUGUAGGCGUGGCUAUUUUCAUCACUACCGGCUGAAUCAAACGCUAUUUGAAAUAUCCGACGAUAUUUUUCCUCAAUUUCUCAUUUUAAAAUAUUAAUUGAGUAAAAUAAUGACGUUGUCUUUCAAGAGAGUGACGCUCCAAUUGCUCAAGCGCAAACUCCUUCUACAUGAGACUUAUCCAAGAUGUUUUGAAAAUAUUAUUUCUCGAGGUAUAGCAUCCAUAUCAACCCUAUCAGAAACCCAUCAGAUGCUCCACAAAACCUGCCGAGAUUUCGCCGACAACGAACUCAAACCCAACGCAGCCAAAUUUGACACGGACCAGUCCUACCCAAAAGAGCAAAUCAAGAUGGGUGCACUGGGUCUGAUGGCAGUGGAAGUCCCCGUGAAUCUAGGAGGCACAGGGUUGGACAAUCUGGCUUACGCCAUUGCAACUGAAGAGAUAUCCAGAGGCUGUGCCUCCGCCGGUGUUAUAAUGAGUGUGAACAACUCACUAUAUACGGGCCCCAUUUUGAAAUUUGGUUCACAAAAACAGAAAGAAGAGUAUGUGAUCCCUUUCACGACGGGUGAGAGAGUAGGGUGUUUUGCGUUGAGUGAGCCGGGGAAUGGAAGUGACGCUGGCGCUGCUAGUACUGUAGCGGAGAAAACGGGAAACAACAGUUACAAACUCAACGGAACCAAAUCGUGGGUUACCAACGGUUACGAAUCGGAAGCUGCUGUUAUUUUCGCAACCACGGAUAAAACUAAGAAACACAAAGGCAUCAGUGCGUUCAUCGUACCUAAACCUAAACCUGGUUUAGCGCUGGGUAAAAAGGAGGAUAAACUGGGGAUCAGAGGAUCGUCCACUUGUAACCUGGUUUUAGAAGAUUGUGAAGUUCCCGAGGAAAAUAUACUGGGAGAACCCGGUUUUGGGUUCAAGAUCGCUAUGAUGACUCUUGAUUCGGGAAGGAUAGGCAUAGCUGCUCAAGCACUUGGGAUAGCUCAAGCUGCCCUUGACUGUGCAAUGGAUUACGCAGGGAAACGAACCGCCUUCGGAGGACCAAUCACAAAGCUGCAAGCUAUCCAGAUGAAAAUUGCAGACAUGUCAGUGAAACUGGAAAGUGCAAGACUGUUAACCUGGCGAGCAGCGUAUUUGAAAGAUUUGAACCAAUCCUACACGAAGGAGGCAGCUAUGGCUAAACUGUGUGCUUCUGAGACGGCUACAUUCAAUGCACAUCAAUGCAUUCAGAUGCUGGGUGGUAUGGGGUAUGUCAAAGACAUGCCGGCCGAGCGUCACUAUCGGGAUGCAAGGAUUACUGAAAUCUAUGAAGGCACUUCGGAAAUACAGCGGUUGGUGAUUGCUGCUAAUGUUAUAAAACAAUAUCAAUGAAUGUAAAUUUAUUAACUGAAAAAUCAUGAAUGAAUGAAAUGUAAUUCAUUGCUAACAUUUAUUCAUUAUUGGUGUUUGUAAUUAUAAUUUUUUCAGUUAUCUGCAUUCUGUAUUAAUAAGAAUCAUUGGUGAUCGCUGAAAAAGUUAAGAAACAAGAUCAAUAAACUAAAUUCAAUGAGCCAACUGC